CACUGUACUGUGUGUACUGUAACACACAGAGGGCCUGUUCUGUGUGUACUGUUACACACUGUACUGUGUGUACCUUUAGUUUGUCUAUUUAUAAAUCGUUCGUUGGGGUAGUACAAGCUGUUUGUCGAUUAUUGAUAAAACCAAGGGAAUAUUAAAGUAUAGAUUUAUCUAUUUGACCUAGUGUUACACGGAAGUUUAAACUUUUACAAAAUGGCGACCAAGGGGAGUACAACAGAUGCGUCGGAUGAAUUGUUUGACUUUAUAUGUUCUCCAUGCAACAAGAAAGACAGGAAUAGCGAGGCCGUGAAGUACUGUGUGGACUGUCAGGAGUAUCUCUGUGUACCUUGUGUUGAAAGUCACAAUAGUUUUUCUGUCCUAGCUGGACAUAUCUUAGUUGAAAGGUCAAAGUUUGGAAAUGCAAGUAGAACAGACAAAAAGGACUUACCGUCGGUGCCGACUGAAAGAUGCAAAGUUCACUCAUUGAAGCUCGUGGACAUGUACUGUGCUGAUCAUGACACGGUUGGAUGCCAUGUCUGCUUUACGAUCUGUCAUAAGCCAUGUCGAGAUAUCCACUACAUUCCCGAAUAUGUUGAAACGACUAAACAGACGGAAAAUACCCGGAAGAUAAAUGAUGAAAUGGACAAAGCAAUUUCCGAGAUGGAUAACUUGAUGAAAAAGAAACAGAAGGAUAUUAAAGAUAACAGGAAAACAAAAGCUACCUUUUUGCAAGAAAUCAAAGCAUUUAGGAAAGAAAUCAACGAAGCUUUAGAUCGACUGGAACAUGCUUCUGUCGCUGAAGUAGAAGGGAAUUGCGGUAAACAGGAUCAAGAAUUUCGAGAAGAAUUGAAGAAUAUACAGAAUACUAUUGACAAACUUACUACAUGUAAAGCUGAAAUAGUAUCAUCACAGAGGAACCCUUCGCAACAGUUUGUUAAUAUGAAGAUAUCCGAGAAUAUAAUAUCAGAUAUUAAAAAGGCCGGAUUACCAUCGACAGAUAAACCGAAAGGUAGUCUAUCGUUCGAAAGAAAUUCAAAGAUACUGCAUUUCCUUCAAAAUCAUGAGUCACUUGCAAAGAAACCAGUUCCAAUGAAGCGCGGGCUUCACGAAGUUCAAAGAAAGCAAAGCUACAAUGUAAAGUUGAAUGACGACGUCAGUACCUGUAAUAUCUGGUCUUCUUGUGUACUUGACUCAGGCGAUAUUUUGUUAGCAGACUGUAGAAACAAGAAAAUAAAACUGUUUGACUGUGAAACUUAUAAAGUACGAAAUUCAGUAAAGAUGUCUGCCGCGCCUCGAUCUGUGUGCAAUAUUAGUCGUGCGGAAGCCGCUGUAAGUCUUUCAAACAAAACAGUACAGUUUUUGUCUACCAAGAAUGAGCUUGUGCCUACACGCUCCCUGAAGUUCGAUCAUGAUUGUCGAGGUAUUGCUGUCAUGGAUGGUCAACUUGUGAUUUCUGAAAAUGAUAACAAAGCCUAUUUCUAUACAAUGAAUGGAAGUCGUCUAAAUAUCAUACAGAAAGACACAACCGGAAAUUAUAUAUUUACUCAUAUCCGUGAGAUUUUCGUGAGUGACGACGGUAAAAUGAUACACGUGGUUGAUAGUGAUAGAGGUAUGGUUACUGUAGAUAGAGACGGUAAUGUGAUCUGGAGAUAUUCCGGUCAAGAGCUGAAGAGCGCCUGGGGAGUAUGUACAGAUGGAAACUGUAACGUGUUUGUGAGUGGUGAGUCUUCGAAAAAUGUUGUACAACUAGGACCUGAUGGGAAGUUACUUGGAGAAGUUGUCACUAAAGCGCAUGGUUUAGAAUGUCCACAGACUGUAUGCUUUGAUGCGAAAAGAUGCAAGCUGUUUGUAUCAGAUGGAAACGAGCUGCAAGUGUUUCACGUUCAAUAGACAAUAUUCUGAUUUAUGCAAAUAAGAACUAACAUUAUUAUUAUUAUUAUUAUUAUUAUUAUUAUUAUUACACCAGAUUUAUAUAGCGCCCUUUUCAUGAUAAACACGUUCAAAGGCGCUUUACAUAUAGCAUACGCAGCCACACAGGGCGCGAAAUUCAUCCUCUACUAGCAAGCCCCCAGAAGAGAUAGAGAGAAAUCCUUUUUAGAUACAGGCCUGUCCGGCUAACUUAGCUUAACUCUUUGCGAAUAGGCAGUCUGGUUCUUUAACGUGCUCGGUGUAUAGCACCGAUACACGCGAUACAUACAAACCUUUCGAUUUACUAAAAUAUAACUAUUUAUGUACAUAAGUUCUAUGAUUUAAUUCUAAUAUAUUGCUGAAGGUUUGGUCUUUAUUCACAGAACUGAUUCGAUUGUUUUUUAUGAGUCCAUUUUUGAACAAUUUAGGAAAUUUUUUUUUUUUGCCUGAAUCUAUAUACUGUAUAUAAGUAAGGAAAACGUGAAAAUUGGAUUUGAUAUUUGGUAUAACAUUAUAGAUAUUUUAAGUGUUCAUCCUCUUGAUCUGCUUGCAUUCUUCAAUGGAAUAUAACUCAGAUGUAUUAAAUACUGAUUUAUUUUUUUCACAAACGUCAUUUUCAGAAAACCUAAUUAAUAUAAAGAAUCUACCGAAAACUAGAUAUUGUCCAAAAAUUGAUUAAUAAGAAUUUCAUAUAACUCUUUUGCAAUAAAGAAAGCUUCACAAAAAGUCAUAUUCUAUGCAUAUGCUAACAUAUGUACUUCUGAUAAUGAUUAUACUUUGUGCUUUAGAUUUUCAGGCAAAAGUGUUAAUAUAUCUGUAAUGUGUUUACAUUGAAAGGUUAUGUAAUCUUGCCUAUAAAACUGGAAUAAAUUAUAAC